GUUAUGAAAAGGCUGGUAUGUGCGGGAGGCAUUAGAGGAGGAAAAGGCGGGCACACGUGAAAUUCUAAAUAAAAACAACCUAAACCAGUUACGUGAAAUUAUAAAUAAAAAAUAAGGAAAUAAGCCAUUGGCCCUGGGCCAGCCAAAAGCGUCUAACAUAGAGCCCCAAAAUAUCUAGUUGCCGUUUAAUUUGAGCUUCAAUACGUGCCUGACAAGGAACAUCAAUUGCAAGUGGAAUCAGAUCGGAAUCACCAUCACAAUCAGAAUCGGUGCGGGGGUGCUAAUUAGCGGAAGACGGCAAUUUAUUGAAUGCGAACAGAAAAUCUCCACUAGCACGAUAUCAAAAUUUAAUAACUGGUGUACUGGGUUGAAUGGGUUAGCGAAAAAAGUGUAAUAAAUCAAUGCCAGGGGACAGAAUAUUAGAAGAAGCAGAGAGACGGAAGUUGCGCCACAACAAAGAGAGAAAGACUUAACGGGACCCUACCCCAUAAACAAAGGCCUCCCACACUACUACCAUUUAUUAAUAAUUUGAUUGCCUCAAAAUGGAUGAGGUCUUCAGUCUGCACAUGGAGAAACUCGACGUUUACGACGUUCUCCUUCUUGCCGGCAUCCUGUCAGUGAUAAUCCUGAUCUGUAUUUAGUUUUUGGAGCCACAAAACUAAUAACUCGAAAUGCACCUGAAAACAGCCAGAUGGAGGUGUUGUGAAAUUACAGCGCGAAUGACGUUACCAAAGCAAACAUGCAAAUCAGCUGUUCGCGGGUCAGUGUUGGAAAACGCAUACCACACAACCCAGCGGACAAUCAAAUUGCGGUAUUAUUAAAUUAUACAUUUGAAUCAAUUAUAUUUGAAUCAAAUUCAUAGUUGAAUAGCAUCAAAUAGGCCUGGAAAAUUAAAUCACACACAACCCGA